AAACCUCACGAUCCGCACGCACGCACGCUCCCCUCCUCCUUCGCGCCGCGCCGCCGCCACUCGCCACCAAUCCCCCUCCUCCACCAACCCCUCCACGCCUCACCUCCUCGCGCUCAAAUCCCCCACGAUAAAUCGAACCUAAUCAUUCACCGGAUUUUGUUCGGAGUUUUCCGCGAUCCGUCGCCUCCUCGUCGAGCCGCAAUCAGUGGUGCGUGGGUGGGCGAGCAUGAGCAUGGCGUUCUCGUGCGCGGGCGCGCGGCUGCAGCAGGGGCGGGUCGGCGUGGGGAAAUGCCGGGGUGGUGGUGGUGGUGGCGGUGGCGCCGCGGUGGUGAGGCGGAGCGGCUGCUGCCUCUACCCGGGCGGGAGGAGGGGGCUGGGGGUUAGGGGGAUCCGCGCCGAGCUGCCGCCGCGGGCCUGCGCGGAUGGGGGCGGCGGCGCCACCACCUCCGGUUCGACCGUCGCCGUGCCUGAUGCUGGGGAGGUUGCUGACCACGUGAAGGAGGUCGGCGCGGUUGCACCUCCGAGCGUGCUCCCGAAGGGGGAGCGUGGCGAGGUGGCUGAUGUUGACGGCUCGGGUGGGAAUGGGAAGUUACCCUCCAGUGGCGGCGGCGGAGAUGGGGAUAAUGGUGGUGGCGGCGGUGGUGGUGAUGGUGGGGACGGUGGGGAUGAAGGGGAUGAUGAGUUUGGGCCGAUCCUGAGUUUUGAUCAGGUGGUCCAGGAGGUGGAGAAGCGAGGGGUCAGCUUGCCCAGCUUGCCCGCGGAUAUGAUUGAGGCCGCAAAGAGCGUCGGGAUUCAGAAGCUACUGCUGCUGAGAUACUUGGACAUGCAGGCAUCGGCUUGGCCGUUGGGUCCAGCCAUUAGGUCCUGCUCACUUCUCCGGAACAGGAUGCUAGUUGACCCUUCAUUUCUCUUUAAAAUCGGGACUGAGAUAGUCAUUGACACAUGUUGCGCGACAUUCGCGGAGGUACAGAAGAGAGGGGAGGAGUUUUGGUCGGAGUUCGAGUUGUAUGCGGCGGAUAUGUUGGUAGGCGUAGUUGUUAAUGUAGCUUUAGUUGGGAUGUUGGCGCCAUAUGCUCGAUUUGGUGGGGGAUCUGCAUCUCCAGGUCUUCUUGGGCGUGUUAGGCAUGCUUAUGACUCUCUCCCAAGCAGCGUGUUUGAAGCUGAAAGGCCAGGAUAUAGUUUUUCCAUUCAACAACGGAUAGGAACAUACUUUUUUAAGGGUAUUUUAUAUGGUACAGUUGGAUUCUUUUGUGGUCUUGUGGGUCAAGGAAUUGCGAACUUGAUAAUGACUGCCAAAAGGAGUGUAAAGAAGUCAGAUGAUGAUGUACCUGUCCCACCUCUGCUCAAAACUUCUGCAUUGUGGGGUGCAUUCCUUGGUGUGUCUUCCAACACCCGUUAUCAGAUUAUUAAUGGGCUUGAGCGUGUGGUUGAGGCUUCACCUGUUGCCAAGCGUGUCCCAGCUGUUUCUCUGGCAUUCACUGUCGGUGUGCGCUUUGCAAAUAACAUUUAUGGAGGAAUGCAGUUUGUGGACUGGGCUAGAAUGACCGGUUGUCAAUGAGGUGAAGGCAUUCUUAUUUUCAUGGUGAGUUAUCAUUCACAGCGAUGUGGAGUGUUGCCAGCCAUAGACUCCCAAAAUUUGUCGAAUUUGCUCCGUCUCUAUUUAAAGAUGUGAUGCUAUUACCAAUAAUUGCAUUGCUGCAGAGCUCCAAAAUAAAUGAGGUCGUAUGUUCUGUUUAGAAUGCAACAGGAUUCAUUGUAAAAUCAGGAAAGUUUCAGCAUGUCAUAGUGCUUAGCCUUCCAUAUGCGCAAAUCAGUAGCUCCAAGAUUUAGAAGAUUGGAUGUAUAUUGAAUUCGGUUGUUUCUCUUGUCGAAUAAAUUCGGUCAUCUUGGUUUGGGCUAAUCAAGUCCGAGUCCUGUGCUGGUUUUACAUUGCUU